UGUAUUUGUUUAUUUUCUUUUCGAGUUUGAUCGAGCAUAAUGAAUUUAUCUCAAUAAAAUCGCAAUAAUUGUUCUAAUUUCUUCAGAAAUUGUAUGAGAAAAUGUCAAUUUACAAAGAAGAAAGCGAAAAUAUUAUGGUUUGUCCGUUUUUCUUAAAAUCAACUUGCCUUGAUGGAGAAAAUUGUGAAUUCGCUCACACUAUGACUAAAAUCCUCCCUAAAAACGUUGCUUGCGAUUUUUAUCAAAGAGGAAUGUGCAAAUAUGGAAAAAAAUGUUGGUUCUCUCACAAUGAUGGUAAUGAAUCAAUGAACGAAAUAGUUGAUCAUAAGAGUGAGGUGGUCAACUCUGAUGAUACAGGCUCUACAAAUCUUAAAAAACGAUUUAGUUUUAUUUUGAAAGAUAUUCAGGAAAAAAGAAAGUCCAGCAUGCGAGAUUGCUUCAAUGAAUUAGAAAUCGCUAAAUAUUUCCCUGAAAUUACUAAACUGGGCAUUUCUGGUAAUGAUGGUGCGAAAUUACCUAUGGACAGAUGCAUUCAUUACGAUCUAGGCCAGUGUCCUUUGAGAGAUUGGUGCCCUUGCGUGCAUGGUAAGUUGUGUGAUUUGUGUCAGAAAUAUUGCCUAGAUCCUUGCGAUAGAAAUCAACAGCUUAAGCACAUCGAAGACUGUGAGAAGGAAUUAGAAAGGGACAUGGAAUUAUCGUUUGCUAUUCAGUGCAGUAAGGAUAAAGUGUGUGGCAUCUGCUUAGAGGUGAUAUUGGACAAAGAGAAAAUAGCUCAUCGGAGAUUUGGAAUCCUGGAAAAAUGCAACCACGUAUUCUGUUUGGAAUGCAUCAGGGAGUGGCGUCGCAGGGGAAGCAUUAUGGAUUCGGUGCAUCCUGACGCUGCGGUUGACCAGCAAGUGAUGAGAAAGUGUCCUCAGUGCAGGAUUCGUUCGGAUUUUAUAAUACCCAGCAAUUUUUGGUUUCAUACUGAAGAAGAAAAAAUAAAUUUGAUCGAAAAGUAUAAAUGUAACUUGAAGUCAAAGCACUGUAAAUAUUUCAGUAAAGGCGAAGGUGAUUGCCCCUUUGGCAAUCGUUGUUUUUAUUUGCACGCUUUGUCUGAUGGCACUGUUGUUGAAUUACCUGCACCCACGAGACAAAACCGCCGCAGGCAGAAUAGGAAUAGAGAAGACCAAUUGCUGGAGGAGUUGAUAUUGUGGAACUAUUUAGAUCAAAAUGAAGAUGGCUUGCAAUUCUAUAUUGAUGACGUUAGCUUUGAUGGAAGUGAUAUUGUUAUACUGUAGUAAUUUUUUAUAUGUACAAUUCUUUAUCCAUAUGGCUGUUUUAAAUAGAUUGUCAUUGAAGGGACAAUUUGAGAUUUUUUUAUUUUUAAUUUCUUAAAUUCUUAUAUGUGAUUUCUCAUGCCAUGCUUAUCAAUGAGGUUUAAAGUUUUUUGAGGUUUGAGGCACCAGUAAUAAUUCACAAAUGGAAGAAGAAAAAAAGUGUUUUUGAAAACUCUAUGCCAGAAAAUAUAAUAAUAAACUUGUAUUGAUUACUUUGGUUA